GCUGGCCUCAAAGCUCAUUCUGUCUCACAGGUAGCAGCUUACAUCCCAAACGCUCCACUUACACCUGUUCAAGUCGAAGAUUUUGUCCUCACCGCAAAUGGAGCUGUUUUUGAAAAUCACCGCCACCCUUCUUCUCCUGGUCUUCACCUUCCACCCGGUGCUUGUCCAGGAGACCACCGUCACUCCUGCAGUCCCAGAGACCACUGACACUCCGCGGCGGACCAUUGCAAAGGAAUGGCUCAGAGAUAAGCUUCUCCCAAAGCCCUCUGACCCUGAAGCAAACGAAUCGCCUGGAAGCGGUGACCAGGUAGAACAAAGUGGUGCGGAAUCAGGCAAUGACUUGAGUGGGACCGCUUCUGGAUCUAUGUACUAUUCAGACUCAGAAAAUGUGAACGAUACUAUGGAAUACACAACCCAACCUCCAACGGUUUUAAAUGAGACUACCUUGGCAUCGGAAAAUCAGGGCACUAAUUCUUCAGCAUCAGCAGAAUUGGAGACCAGUGACAAGAACAUCACCAGUGUCAAUACAGACAACUCCACAACUAUAUCAGAAAAUACUGACAAAGUUGCUCAAAAUUCAACAAAUGGUUCAAACAGCACAACUGUACAAACCACCACUGCAGUUCCAGAGAGGGAAACGACGACAUCAGGCGUGAUCUUAAGCAGCAGCACGGAAUAUAAAGAGACAACAACUACAGGAGUGGUCAAACCAGAGACCACCACGCAGGAGACCAUCUGGCAGGAGUCUACCACAUCUGUGACUCCACCACCUGAGGAAACCACCACACCCAUUUUGGAGAGCACCACAGCUGCUCCCGUCACUCCAGAUGAGGCCAACCUCUCAGACAAGGGGGCUGCAGGGUCCGGUGAGACUGCAGAGAGAGGUUUUGCGUCCGACUCGGAGAAGCGGAGGAGGAAGAGCGCCUGGGGGGCCGUGUUGGGGACCUUCGUGGCCAUAGCCGUUGUGGGUCUGGUGGCCUACGUCAUCCUGAAGAAGAAGCACCACAAGGCCUUCUCACACCGCAAACUGCAGGAGGAGUUCCCUUCCGAUCCAGUUCUGCGUCUGGACAACAAUGAGCCUCUGGACCUAAACUUCGGCAAAGCGGCCUACUACAACCCAACCCUGCAGGUGGACAACAUCCAGAUGAGCCCCUUCCCCAGACACUAA